AUGUCGAUACCUCAUCGUGCCCAAAGGCAGCAUUGCUACCUCUGCGACUUGCCACGUACACCAUGGGCUAUGUUAUAUGAUUUCUCAGAGUCAGUGUGUCGGGGCUGCGUCAACUAUGAAGGGCCUGACAGGAUUGAAAUGAUUAUUGAAGCAGCAAGACACAUGAAGAGGAUUCAUGGAUUUCAGGAGUCUUCUCGUGGGCAGGUGGUCAGUGGGGUUGGGAAGCCAUCACCACACGGUAUUCCCCCUUCGCCACAGACAAGGGGUCUUUCUCAUUGCCCCCCACCGUCAUCUGUUGGAUCUGAUCUACAUAUUAAUCUAUCAAUGCCUCUGGAUGUAACUCGCCAGCAGGGUCCACCACCCAAUCACCAUCUUCCUGGACCAACUCAUCCUUCAAUGUCAUCUUCAUCACAAGCUCCUUCAGAGAGAUUUACAGACUCCAGAAGGUCAGUGGCUGAUUUUAGUCCUGUCGGGAGACAGCACAAUAGUUUCCCAGUCAGCAGUUUUCAUCCAUCCAUUCGACUAGCAGAAGAACAUUUUGCUGACAUGCACCACAGAAGCAGUCCCACUAGAGUGGGUCUGACCCUCAUACACCCACUGGGUCACCCCAGCCGACACAGUGCACCCCUGCAUACAGCAUUGCUACAAGGAAGAAAAGAUGAUGAUGACAACAUCUAUGCUCAGUCCAGCAUGGAGGAAUUAGUUAAAUAUUCAUCUUUGGAGGAAGCCAUACACAAGAAUUCACUGGUUAGAGACACUCUGAACACACUGGCCGCUUGUGUGCCCUUCCAGAUCCGGCUGAAGAAGGAUCCUACGAUGGUGGGCAGAAUGUUUGCUUUUGACGUCAGCUUCAGAUUGCCCCAUGAACUAGAACUGAAAUACUUUGUAGAGUACCCAGUGGGAUCCGGAACCGUGCACAACUCCAUUUCCAGUUUGGUGAAGCUGAUGUGUCAUGACACUGUCAAGGACUUAGGGAAAGGUCAGUCUUCAGGCUUGAUGUUCUUGGACUAUGAGGUCAAACAUAACAGUGGGCAUUGGAAUAACUUAACAGAUUUGUUUACGGACAAUGUGCGACAUUUCAAAGACACACUUAAGUUGGAACUUCUUCCCACACCAUUUGUGGACAGCUGCUUACCACCUCUGCCAAGCCAUUUAGGUCGUGUGGUUCCAGCUCCCAAGUCAGAUUCACAACGUUCAUUUCUUGAGAGUGCUAGCAGCAGUAAUACCUCGAGCGGCCGUAAGAGGAAAAGUUCACCUGAUACAGAAGAUGACCAUCGGGGUCAGCCAGGGAAGUUGACUGAUGAUCACCAUAAAAGACAACAGUGGCUACAGAGUCAGGCAGAUGCACUGAAACUGACUAUCACAUCUGCAAUUACUGCAUAUGGGUCUGGUCAACCGAGUUCUACUUCCAUAUCCCCCUUGAAUAAUCACAACCACACUCCUAGUCCUCCAGGUGGCAACCAUUCAUCUUCGAACCCAGCCCCUUCACAUAUAGCAAGUCUGAUAACAGUAACACAUCCUCAUGUGACUCCGGUUGGACAGCCAGAUCUCCAUUAUGCUUCAAACUUAAUGCGAGUUCCUCAUUAUUCCCAUAGCGGAACCAGGAGAGUCAGCUACCUUGGUCCGGUGUCCGAUACUGGCGUUGGAAGCACUAUGCCAGAAUCCACCAGUAGUCUCCCAGGUGAAAUGCUUAAGUGCACUCUAUGCCAGGAACGUCUGGAAGACACUCACUUUGUCCAGUGUCCCUCGGUAUCUGACCAUAAGUUUUGCUUUCCGUGUUCCAAAGAAAGCAUCAAGCGGCAGGGAACAGGUUCCGAGGUCUACUGUCCUAGCGGCAACAAAUGCCCACUGUCAGGCUCCAAUGUUCCCUGGGCAUUCAUGCAAGGAGAGAUUAUGACAAUUCUAGCGGAGGACUAUGGUGGAUCCAGUGGAAGCAGCAGCAGCACAGCAGAUGUUAACAUCAGUUGUGAGAAUAAUAAUGCUAUAAACAUCAAGAAGGAAAGAGACUCGUGA